UCCGCGUGCGGGCCAGAUGCUGGACAUGAGCGAGUCCCGCGCCCAGCCGCCCUGCAGCCCGUCUGGCACCGCCAGCUCCAUGUCGCACGUGGAGGACUCGGACUCGGACGCGCCGCCGUCGCCUUCGGGUUCCGAGGGCCUGGGCCGCACGGCAGUGCUCAAGGGCUACGACUGGAGCCUAGUGCCCAUGCCUGUGCGCGGCGGCGGCGGAGGCGCGCUCAAGGCCAAGCCACACGUGAAGCGGCCCAUGAAUGCCUUCAUGGUGUGGGCGCAAGCGGCACGCCGUAAGCUGGCCGACCAGUACCCGCACCUGCACAACGCCGAGCUCAGCAAGACGCUGGGCAAGCUGUGGCGCCUGCUGAGUGAGAGUGAGAAGCGCCCUUUCGUGGAGGAGGCGGAGCGGCUGCGGGUUCAGCACAAGAAGGACCGUCUGGGUCUGGUUUUGCUGGAAUUUCUGGGAAAUGUACAGGAACAAAAAGCUGUUGAUUCCUACCUGCGGCUGUUAGUGGGCUGGUUUUCCUCCCGUGUGCAUGUCGCCAGCCUGCCGGCCCUGCCAGCCCCACCCCCCACCCCACAGAAGGGGCAUUCAUCCCUGCAAUGUGUUCUGACCCUAGGGCAGACCCAUGGGCCACCCACCCCACCUACCACCCCCAAGACGGACCUGCACCAAGGGGGCAAGCAAGAGCUGAAGCUGGAAGGCCGCCGCCUGGUGGACAGUGGGCGCCAGAACAUCGACUUCAGUAACGUGGACAUCUCAGAGCUGAGCAGUGAGGUCAUUGGCAACAUGGACACCUUCGACGUCCACGAGUUUGACCAGUACCUGCCCCUCAACGGCCACUCGGCCCUGCCCACAGAGCCGGGCCAGCCUUCCACCUCUGGCUCUUACGGGGGUGCCUCCUACUCACACUCCGGGUCCGCGGGCAUUGGAGCAUCCCCCGUGUGGGCCCACAAGGGAGCCCCAUCGGCCUCCGCAUCACCCACCGAAGCAGGUCCCCCUCGGCCCCACAUCAAGACGGAGCAGCUGAGCCCUGGCCACUACGGCGACCAGUCCCACAGCUCUCCAGGCCGUACCGACUACAGCUCCUACAGCGCCCAGGCCAAUGUCACCACGGCCGCCUCGGCUGCAGCUGCCAACUCCUUCACCAGCUCACAGUGUGACUACACCGACCUGCAGGCCCCCAACUACUACAACCCAUACGCUGGCUACCCGUCCAGCCUCUACCAGUAUCCCUACUUCCACUCAUCCCGCCGGCCCUAUACCUCACCGCUGCUCAGCAGCCUCUCUGUGCCACCUGCCCACAGCCCCCCCAGUAACUGGGACCAGCCCGUGUAUACCACCCUGACCAGACCCUGAAGGCACCAUGGUUGAGUGGAGGGGGCCGGCGUGGGCAGAGGAGAACUUUAUCUCUGAAAAGACAGAGCCUCUGAGGUCUCCCCGGAGGUGUUGGCCAGCGAGGUGAGAAGAGGCAGCCGUGUGUGCCCAGCUCUAUCAAGUGCCUGCUGACGUGUGCAGGAGACCCACCGAGCCCCUUCGCUGUGCGUCCGGAUCUCCGAAAUCUGUUAAUGGACAAAGCCCUCUUGCCCUCCUCUCUCUUUGUGGUGACUGGCAACUUCGAAACGAAGGAUGGCCGUUUGGUCCCUCUUCUGUGCAGACACCAGCGCCUGAUGGAGCCAUGGUACAAAGGACAAAAGGAGGGAAGAGGGUCUCCAGGCCCCCUUCGUUCUGAGGUCCUGGCCAUCUCAGCACCAAGAACUCCCAGGACCAAUGGAUGAUAAUUCCGCGGCGAAAGGGCACGCCCGCAGCCUUGGUGGGGAUGCGUUCGCAGAAGCAGUUGGGCAGGGAUGCAUCCGCAGGGGCACCGUGGCGGGGAUGCGUCUGCAGGAGCGUCUCUGGGGACCAGCUUGUUAGCUCC